CGCGGGGCGGGGAGGCCGGAGCCGCGCCUGCGCGCUGCGCGGCGGGCGGGGUGGCGCAUGCGCGGCACCGGCCCCGCCCCGGCCCGUUCAAACGGCGGCGCGCGCGCUCCGCCCCCCCAAUCCGGUAACGGGAGAGCAGCCCCGCGGACCCCCCCCGCAGCCCCCCCGCCAUGCUGAGCGAGCAGAUGCAGGAGCUGGAGGAGGUGAGCAAGGAGCUGCUGAAGGUGCUGGCGUCGGACUGGGCCGGCGGCCCGCUGCGCCGCGGCCUGGACCGGCAGGGCCGCGCGCUCGACCGGCUGCUGGGCUCGCAGGGUGCUGCCGCCCAGCUCCUCGGAGAGCUCGGCGCCGCGGAGGAGACGGUGGCGCGGACCCUCCUGGGCCGGGAGACGGAGCUCCAGGAGUCCCUGCGGAGGCUGCGGGACGCGGAAGAGGAGCUGCUCCGGGCGCGGGAGGCCGGUACCAGUCUGCAGGCCGGCAACGGUGCCCUGCGGAAGGAGCUGGAGGAGCUGCGGGCGGAGAGCCGGCGCCUGGAGGAGGACACGGGCCGUGAGGACGACACGGCGCCCGUGGCAGCGUACGUGACGCAGCUCUACUACAAGAUCAGCCGCAUCGACUGGGACUACGAGGCCGAGCCGACGCAGAUCAAAGGCAUUCACUACGGCCCAGAGAUCGCGCAGCCCAUCGACAUCGACGGCAGCCAGCACUCCCGCUGCUUCGUCAGCGACUACCUGUGGAGCCUGGUGCCCACGGCGUGGUGAGGCGGGGGGCCAUGCCAUGCCGCCCCGGUGUGGGGCCGUGCCGUGGGGCCGUGCCGUGGGGCUGUGCCGCCCCGGCGUGGGGCUGACCCGCGGCUAAUCACAAAGGUGUCGUUUAUUCAUGUAACAACGGGGAUCGGGUCAUUAAAACCAGUUAACGGGC